GGGGGCGGGGAAGGCCGCGGCGUUGCCGGGCGACGGCGGCGUCGCCGCGGGGAGCGCCGGGCUGCGCUGGCCCCGCUGGCUGCCGCCGCUCCCGGCCGGGCCAGAGCGCUCCUGCAGCCCUUCCAGCGCUGCCCCGGCGCUGGCGCUCGCUGUCAGAAAAAGCUCCACACGGGACAGAUGGGGAACGUGGUUUUAAUCAGCUUUGCCGAGCGCUGAGAGGAGCAGCCGGCGUGAGGUGGGCGGCGGGAUUCCCGACUGUCGCCCAUGUGCGUUUCACUGGCCAGAAGACGUAGAUGUCCCUUGCGACUGAGUCCCUGCAUGGGGCUUUUGAGGAUGAAACGCUACGUAAACUCUUAAAGCACAGCACCUGAGGACAUUGCUACCGACAUGGACAUCAUUAUUUAUUUACGUUUGCUUUAAUCAGGAGGAGCUUUUUUGUAAACAUGAAUUGCCGGGCUCUUUCCUUGAGAUGUCGUUUCUUGUUUCAUGCUAUUGAAACAUUAUUCUUAACUUAUUAUGAUUCCUUUGUGUUGGUCAGCUCUCAGGGACAUUUCCCUAGGCUUGAAAACGUGGGAGCUUUCAAGAACGUGUCAAUCGUGCCAACUCAAGCCACUUGUGGGCUGCCAGACCGAAGUACUUUUUGUCAUAGCUCAGUAGCUGUUCAAAGUAUUAUAUCCUGCACUCAGAGGUUUUGUGUUCAGGAAUGUCCAUAUAGGUCGUCGCCUUCGUCCUACAAACAGCUCCUUUCAGAAGGCCUUGGUGUCUGUAUCACAGAGGAGAAGAGGGACUUGCAUCCAGGGUCCUCCAGCAAUGUUUCCAGUUUUAUUUUUCACAAUCACAAGGAUUGCUUCUCUACUCCCCGUCCUCCAAGGCUCGGAGCUUCAUUUACGUUAACUGUAUGGUUGAAACCUGAGCAAGAAGGUGUAAUGUGUGUGAUAGAAAAAGCUAUUGAUGGGCAGACUGUGUUCAAACUCACAAUCUCUGAGAAAGAGACCAUGUUUUAUUAUCGCACAGUAAAUGGUUUGCAGCCACCAAUAAAAGUAAUGACACUGGGGAGAAUUCUUGUGAAGAAAUGGAUUCAUCUUAGUGUGCAGGUGCAUCACAGCCGAAUUAGUUUCUUCUUGAAUGGCUGGGAAGAUGAUAACACACCUUUUGAUUCAAGGACCCUUAUGGGAGCGGUUGUAGAUCCUGAUGGUGAUGGCACCCUGCAAAUUGGACAAAGCUUCACAGGUUUAGAGCAAUUUGUUGGAAGAAUGCAAGAUUUUCGAUUUUACCCAGUGGCACUUACAAACAGAGACAUUUUGGAAGUAUUCUCUGGAAAAUUCCCUCAUCUUCAUACGCAGUCUGAGUGCCGCUGUCCUGGGAGUCAUCCCCGCGUGCACCCGUUGAUACAGAGGUACUGCAUCCCGAAUGGUGCAGAAGACACCACUAAUGACAGGGUGCUGAGGCUGGAUGCAGAAGCCCACCCUCUCUCCUACAUCAAUGAUAAUGACAUUGGGACCACCUGGAUUUCAUCUGUGUUUGCUAAUACUGCAGGUCUGGAUCGUGGUGCUUCAAUCACAAUAGAUUUACAAAAUGGACAGUAUCAGGUGUUCUAUAUUAUACUACAGUUCUUUAGCCCACUCCCUGAAGCAAUAAAAAUUGAAAGAAAAAAAAGAGAUGAUCUAGAAUGGGAAGACUGGCAAUAUUUUGCUAGGAAUUGCAGUAUUUUUGAAAUGGAGAACAAUGGAUCUCUGGAAAAACCAGACUCUGUCAACUGUCUCCAGAUGCAUAGCUUUACACCGUAUUCUCGUGGUAAUCUAACUUUCAGUGUUCUUACACCGGAACCAAAUCACCGACCUGGUUACAAUGAUUUUUAUAAUACUCCAUCUCUUCAAGAAUUUGUUAAAGCUACACAAGUGAGGAUUCAUCUCCGUGGCCAGUAUCACACUAAUGAACCUUGGGUAAAUUUUAGGCAUAGGUACUAUGGAGUCAAUGAAGUUACAGUCAGUGGAAGGUGUAAUUGCCAUGGCCAUGCUGAUGAUUGUGACACAGCAAUGAAACCAUACAGGUGCCUGUGUGUCAAGGAAAGCUAUACAGAAGGAAAUAAUUGUGAUCGCUGUUUGCCAUUGUACAAUGACAAGCCUUUUCGUCCAGGGGACCAAGUCCAUGCCUACGGUUGCAAACCGUGUCAGUGUUAUGGCCAUGCAGAAAGCUGCCACUACGACUUAGCGAUGGAUCCUUUUCCUCAGGAACACCACCGGGGCGGCGGCGGAGUGUGUGAUAACUGUCAGCACAAAACAGCUGGAAGGAACUGUGAGCUGUGCAAGGAUUUCCAUUACAGACAAGCAGGUGCAGAUCUUUCAGCCAUUGAUGUUUGCAAACCCUGCGACUGUAAUGCAACAGGCACCAAAAAUAAGAGCCUCGAGUGUGAGAAUAUUGGAGGCCAGUGUAAUUGUAAGAGACAUGUGUCUGGCAGACAAUGCAAUCAGUGCCAGGAAGGAUUCUACAAUCUGCAACAGUCAAACCCUGAUGGCUGCAGUCCCUGUAACUGUAAUACCUUUGGGACAGUCAAUGGAGAUAUUACCUGUCACCAAAAUUCAGGACAGUGCAAGUGCAAAGCAAAUGUUAUUGGUCUGAGGUGUGAUAGUUGCAAUUUUGGAUUUAAAGCUCUCAGAUAUUCUAAUGAAGAUGGAUGUGAGCCUUGUUGGUGCAACAGCCACGGCUCAGUGAGCCAAUUCUGCAACCCUCUCUCCGGGCAGUGCAAUUGUAAAGAACGAGUGAAAGGGCUUCUCUGUGACACCUGCAUGGACAACUUUUAUGGGCUGGAUGUGACUGGUUGUAAGCCCUGUGAAUGUGAUGCUGCAGGGUCCAUUUCGGGAACCGUGUGCGAUGCGAGGACGGGGCAAUGUGCGUGCAAACCAAAUAUCGGCGGAAGGCGCUGCGACCAGUGCCUGGAUGGGUACCACAGAGCGCAGAAAGGUGACUCCUUCCUUUGUCUGCCAUGUAACUGCGAGAAGGCAGGGACAGUGAAUGGCUCUCUGCUCUGUGACAAAUCGACAGGACAGUGUCCUUGCAAAGCUGGCGUGACCGGCCUUCAGUGCAGUCAGUGCGUGCUGCAGUCGUACAACCUCAGCGUGAGCAACGCCCGCGGCUGCCAGCCCUGCGACUGUGACACCCUGGGCACCUUGGCAGGGACAGGCUGUGACCACGUUUCUGGGCAGUGUGUCUGUCUGCCUCAGCGCCAGGGGAGAAGGUGUGAUGAGUGUAAACCAGGUUUUUAUUUGUCGGCAUCCAGCGUCACUGGCUGUGUGCCAUGCCUGUGCCACGUAGCUGGUUCUGUGAAUCAGAGCUGUGAUAAACUCACUGGCCAAUGUAGUUGCCAAGAUGCCUCCGUAACAGGACAGACAUGUGAACGUUGCAAAGAACUUUAUUUUGGAUUCGACUCUCUCACAGGGAGAUGUCAGCACUGUAAUUGUCAUCCUGCAGGAGCCAUUAGUGGGACUUGUCAUCUUGUUACUGGACAGUGUGUUUGUAAACAAUUUGCAACUGGCUUGAAAUGUGACAACUGUGUUCCUGACGCCAGUAAUUUGGAUGUCCACAACCUCUUUGGCUGCAGUAAAACUCCUUUACAGCAACCUCCUCCUACAGGAGAAGUUUUCAAUUCCUCUGUUAUCAAUCUUUCAUGGAGUUCCCCUGACUCUCCAAAUUCUAACAGGCUUAUUUACCAGCUGUAUAGGGAUGAGGAAGAAAUUUACACAACUGAAGACUACCAUCCUUAUAGUGUUCAGACCUUCACUGAUACCAUGUUAGCUCCAUAUACCUUCUACUCCUAUUAUAUCCAAGCCAGCAACGUUCAUGGUUUUACAAGAAGUGACUCAGUGACAUACAGAACAAAAUCUGGGACACCUAUAGGAAACUUGGAUUUAAAUCCUGUCUUUCCUGUUAGUCACCACUCUGUUUUACUUUACUGGACAAGUGUCUCCAAUGACUCUGGGCCCAUAGAGAAAUACAUUUUGACUUGUACUAGCUUGGUUGAUCUGCAGCCCUGCAGUCAGUAUGAAGGCUUAAAGACUUCAGCAAUUAUUUGGAACCUCAUUCCAUUUACAAAGUAUGUUUUUUCUGUGCAAGCUUGUACUAGUGGAGGCUGCAUAAAGAGCCAGCCAGUGACCGUAGUUACUGCACAGGCUCCUCCAGAAGGGCUGCACGCACCGACUGUAGAAACCAUCAGCUCUACGGAACUGGCUGUGGAAUGGUCACCGCCUGAGAAACCAAACGGCAUAAUUAUAAGAUAUGAACUUUACAUGAGGAAAAAAUUAAAAUCAGCUGGGAACUUUCUUCCUCCUGAAAUUCGUAUUUUCCAAAGCAGUGGAUGGCUCAGUCCUCAACCAGUUGUGGAAUCUCAGAAUGAAAAUGCCUUGGCUCCACCACAGACCAGUACCACAGUCGUUGAUCUGGAGCCGUUCACAGAGUAUGAAUUUUAUGUACUGGCAGUAAACAUGGCAGGGAGCGUAUCUUCAGAUUGGAUAUCAGGACGAACAGGAGAGGCUGCCCCAGCGUUCAUGCCAUCUCCAUCAGUAUUCCCUCUUUCACCAUAUUCCCUUAAUGUAUCAUGGGAAAAACCUGAAGAUAAUAUAUCCAGAGGAGAAGUGAUGGGGUAUAGCAUCAGCUUGAUGACUGAACAAAGGUCUUUGCCACCAUUUUCCCAGGUUUUGCAUAUAGCUGAGGCUCACGAGCUCUCCUACAUAGCAACGGGAUUAAAACCUUACAGGACAUACAACUUUACUGUUACUCUCUGCAAUCAAAUUGGUUGUGUAACCAGUGAGCCAGGCAUGGGGCAAACCUUGGCAGCUGCUCCAAGAAAACUUAGUGCCCCUCUUGUCAAAGGAAUAAACAGCACAACAGUAAAGAUAAUUUGGAAUGAACCUGAAGAGCUUAAUGGGCCUUCUCCCAUCUACCAGGUGGAAAGGAUGGAUUCAUCUUUAGCUACAAUGAAUAUAGAAGUAACAAAAGGAAUCCGUUUCCCAGGAAAUGGGUAUUACAGGUUUGCAAGUUCCACUCUCCCCACCAAUACCUACUAUACAGGUAUUAAAGUGAGAUUUAGAACGCAGGAGCCCGAUGGUUUGAUUUUUUUCUCCGCAUCACCUGGCAGUCAGGAGGAGUACAUCGCACUGCAGCUGAGGAGUGGGCGUCCCUACUUUCUUUUUGAUCCACAGGGAUCUGCAGUAGCAGUCACUCCGACUAAUGAUGGUGGAAAAGUGUAUAAUGAUAACAGUUGGCACCACAUAAUUGCUACAAGAAUUCAAGCACUGGGAAACAUCACAGUGGAUGGGCAGUACACAGGUUCUUCCUUAGCAACUAGUGGCAGUACCAUUAUUGGAGAGAACACAGGAGUUUUUGUUGGAGGACUUCCACAGGAUUAUACUAUUGUAAGAAAGGAUGAAGGGAUGAAGAAGAUAGUCCAGAAAGGAUUUGUCGGGUGCCUCAGUGACAUAUUUCUGAAAAAAGUGCAUACUCCUGAUGAAAACUGGGAAUCUUUGAACUGGCAGAAUGCUGAAGAGCAAAACAAUGUCUAUCAUGCUUGGGAAGGAUGCCCCAUUGGGCUCUCAAAAGGGGCCCAUUUUCUUGGCAGAGGGUUCCUGGAGCUGCAUUCAGGUGUUUUCAGUGGUGGACUGGAAUUUGAGAUCUCAUUCAAAUUCAGAACAGAUCAACUGAAUGGAUUACUUUUGUUUGUUUACAAUAAAGAUGGCCCAGAUUACCUUGCAAUUGAGCUGAAAAGUGGAAUAUUAAACAUAUUCUUAAGAACUGGCAUUGUCUUUGCCCAAGUGGACCUCUGGCUGGGGCUGUCUUACUGUGAUGGAAAGUGGAAUGAAGUCACCGUGAGCAAGGAGGGCUCUGUGAUUUCAGCCACUAUGAAUGAACUGCGAGAGCAGGCGCUCGAACCCCGUGCUCAGCAGCUGAAAGUAAACUCGCCUGUCUACAUAGGAGGAAUCCCACCUGGCAUUCAGAGUCUUUAUAGAGAGCUGGGGUUAGAACAAGGUUUCGGUGGUUGCAUGAAGGAUGUUAAAUUUACACGAGGUGCUGUCGUUAACUUGGCAUCUGUGUCCAGCAGUGCUGUCAGAGUCAAUCUGGAUGGAUGCCUAUCAACUGACAGUGCUGUUAACUGCAGGGGAAAUGACUCCAUCCUUGUGUACCGAGGAAAAGAGCAGAGUGUUUAUGAGACUGCUCUACAACCAUUUACAGAAUACCUCUAUAGGGUGGUUGCCUUAAAUGAAGGAGGAUCAGUAUCUAGUGCGUGGACCCACGUUCGAACAAGAGAAUCAGUUCCACAAAAUGUGCCAACUCCCUCAAGAGUUCACAGUAUAAAUGGUUACAGCAUUGAGGUCACCUGGGACAAACCAGCUGGGGUCAUAGGUGUAAUUGAGAAGUACAUUUUGAAAGCAUAUGAAGCGGAUGGUCCCACUGUACCCAUCACCAGUGCUGAGCUUACUGACGCUGGUAUGCUCACAGGCGUAUUGAGGGGCUUGCAUCCCUUCACAAACUAUGCUGUAACCCUAACUGCUUGCACUUUGGCUGGCUGUACUGAGAGCUUGCAUGCAUUGAACAUCUCCACUCCACAAGAAGCCCCUGAAGAUGUGCAAUCACCCACAGCAAUAUCCUUUCCCACGUUCCUGCUGAUGAGUUGGAGUCCGCCCAAAACCCCAAAUGGUAUUAUUACACAAUAUACCUUAUACAUGAAUGGGACACCAAUUUACUCUGGAAAUGGAACUAAGUAUGUUUUAAAAGAUUUGGCAGUUUUCACUCCGCACCGGUUCGUGCUCACGGCGUGCACGCUCGCUGGCUGCACAAACAGUUCCGGGGUCACCUUGCACACGGCACAGCUGCCACCAUCCCACGUGGAUGCCCCAGUCCUGACCGUUUUGGAUUCUAGAACAAUACACGUACAAUGGAAAGAACCAGUAGAAAUAAAUGGAAUCCUAGAUCGCUAUAUAAUUUAUAUGGCCACCAAUGAGCAGAAUUUUACAAAGUGGAAUGUAAUCUAUAACAGCACAGAACUUUUUCUGGAUUUUACUAUUCCGCAGCUUUUCCCGGGUACUGAAUACCUCAUAAAACUAGCUGCUUGCACUGGAGGUGGGUGUUCAGUAAGCGAGGCCAGCGUGGCUGUUACAGAUGAGAGUACACCAGAAGGGGUUCCUGCUCCAAAAGCCCAGUCGUACGCAUCUGACUCCUUUAACAUCUCAUGGACUAAGCCUGAGUAUCCGAAUGGUAUUAUUACUAGCUAUGGAUUGUACAUGGAUGGUAUUCUGCUGCAAAAUUCAUCACAGCUAAGUUGUUAUGCUCAUGGGCUUGCUCCUUGGAGUCUGCAUUCCUUCAGAGUCCAGGCAUGUACUGCAAAAGGUUGUGCUUUAGGUCCACUGGUAGAAGCUCGGACCAUGGAAGCUGCCCCUGAGGGAAUGGUUGAGGUAUUUACGACUGUUGAUGGGUCUAAAGAAGUUCAAUUAAAAUGGCUUGCCCCAAAUAAAGCAAAUGGAAAACUCACCUACACAGUCCUUGUCACUGGUCUCUUCUAUGCUGAUCAAGAUAAUGCUAAUUAUUCUAUUGUAAAUGAUACUCGGAUGUUGUUCAGCAGCAAGGAAUUCAAUGUAUGGGUGCCCAUUAAAGGACUGAUCCCAUUUUCUAACUACACAGUACAAGUGAACGCGUCCAACAGCCAGGGCAGCUUGAUAAGUGAUGCUAUAACCAUAGUCAUGCCUCCAGGAGCUCCAGAUGGCGUGAUGCCUCCAAGGCUUUCAUCUGCCACUCCGACCAGUCUUCAGGUUGUCUGGUCUACACCAGUUCGCAACAACGCCCCAGGCUCGCCCAGCUACCGACUCCAGAUGCGGCGGAGGCGUUCUGCUGGUGACAUUUUAGAUUUGCUUCCCAACCCUACUGCUUCUUUACGGCACAGGGUCGGAGACCUGCAGCCCUACACUGAGUAUGAGAUGAGGGUGGUUGCCUCCAAUGGUUAUGGAAAUGCUUAUAGCAACUGGACUUCAAUGACUACAGCAGAGGACAAGCCUGGGCCUUUAGAUCCACCCCUUCUACUGGAUGUUAAAGCAAGGGCAGCAAGCAUCACCUGGCAGCAUCCUUUAAAGCCAAAUGGCAUUAUCACACAUUAUAAUAUUUACCAAAAUGGCCAACUGCAUGCUACAGUGCCAGGAACUACAUCUAACUGCACUGUAGAAGACUUGCAUCCUUACACUCUCUAUGUGUUUCAAGUAGAGGGAUGCACUUCUAAAGGAUGCUCUCUUUCACCCACAACCCCAGAAAUACAGACUCUUCCAGAUGCCCCUGAGGAUAUUCCUGCUCCAGAACUUUAUUCAGACACUCCAACUUCUGUGGUCAUAUCCUGGCAACCCCCUGCUCGCCCCAAUGGUUUGGUGGAAAACAUUACAAUAGAGAGGAGGGUGAAAGGAACAGAGCAAAUCUCAACUGUGGUGUGUCUCCCCUUCAGUCAGUCCAUGAGCUACAUUGACCAGAGCACAGCUCUGAGCCCCUGGCAGAAAUUUGAGUACCGAGUGCUGAUGAGCACCCUGCACGGGAGCACCAACAGCAGUGCCUGGGCAGAAGUUACCACCAGACCUUCGAGACCUGCCGGUGUUCAGCCUCCCGAGGCGGAAGCGUUGGGACCCUACUCAGUCCAGGUCUCCUGGAAGCCUCCUCUGAUUCCGAACGGAGAAAUCCUCAACUAUGAGAUCCGCAUGCCUGACCCGCGCAUUGUCAUGGCUGGGAGCCCCUCGGCCAGGCUGAGCCAUCUGGUGACCAACCUGGUCCCCUACACCAACUACUCGGUCACGGUGAUAGCCUGUACUGGAGGGGACGGCUUUCUAGGAGGCUGCACCGAGAGUCUGCCCACGAGAGUGACCACACCCUCGACAGUUCCUCAGAGUGUCAGUCCCUUGUCCGUGACGCCAAUCAGCGAAUCCUUUAUUGCCAUCUCUUGGCAACCACCGCUAAGGCCCAAUGGUCCCCAUCUGAGAUAUGAGCUCCUGAGACGUAAAAUCCAGCAACCACUUGCAUCAAAUCCCCCUGAAGAUUUAAAUCUGUGGCACAAUAUUUACUCAGGAACUCAGUGGUUUUAUGAAGAUAAGGGUCUUAGCAGGUACACAACGUACGAGUACAAGCUCAUAGUGCACAACGAGGUAGGAUAUACAUCAAGUGAAGAAGUGAUAGCCACUACAUUGGCAGGAUUACCAGAGAAAGGAAGUGUCCUCGCUGCACGUGCUGUUAAUCACACUGCCGUGGAAGUGGAAUGGUCAAAACCAACACUGCAGGAUUUGCAAGGAGAUGUUGUUUACUACACCCUCUUCUUGAAUUCUACUGAUGAGAUAAGAUCUCUGAGGAUCCAGGCUGAUGUAAACUCUGUAGUCAUAGAUGAUUUGCAGCCCAACACAGAGUACCAGAUAUUUUCUCAAGUUUUUAAUGGAGUCCACAGCAUCAACAGUGAAGUUGUGCAUGUGACUACCUCAGAUGGAGAGCCUGAGGGCAUGUUCCCUCCAGAGGUUGUCAUCAUCAACAGUACAGCUGUACGUGUCAUCUGGACAUCGCCUUCAAACCCGAAUGGUGUUGUCACGGGGUACUCUGUCUAUGUAAAUAACCAGCAGUACAAGACUGGAAUGAGCCAGCCGGGAUCCUUCCUCCUGGCAGAUUUGUCUCCCUUCACCGUGUAUGAUAUACAGAUUGAAGCCUGCACAGUGUACGCCUGCGUGAGGAGCAAUGGGACCCAGAUCACCACCGUGGAAGAUGAGCCAAAGCAGCUGUCACCACCCAUUAUUCACAUAAUUGGCUCAAGAUCUCUUCAAAUCAACUGGGCAUCGCCAGGACAGCCAAAUGGCAUUAUCCUGGGAUAUGAACUCCUACGUAAAGCGUGGCAGAAGUGUACUUCAUCCAAAACUCCAAGGAGCAGAAAAAGUAAUAGAAUGUGCAUCUCAUUAGAAUGUAAGAAGGAUGAAAAUAUCUGUGGAGAAGUGUGCUAUCACCCAGAGUUGGAGGUAUGUUGUAAUGGGAUUCUGCACAACAAUAAACCUGGCUUCCAAUGCUGUGAGGACAAGUACAUUCCAUUUAUUCUUAAUUCACCAGGGGUUUGCUGUGGUGGGCAGAUACAUGCUGUGCAACCAAAGCAUCAGUGCUGUGGUGGUUAUUACACCAGAGUUUUAGUAGGAGAAGUAUGCUGCCCCAAUGAAGAGGAAAACAGAGUUUCAGUUGGAAUUGGUGAUUCCUGCUGCCAGGGAAUGCCUUACUCCACAUCGGGCAAUCAAAUCUGCUGUGGAGGAUCCCUGCAUGACAGCUUCAACCAGCAGUGCUGUGGUGGCAGGGUCAUCAGCAUGGACUCGGUCUGCUGUGGUGAUGAAAAGGAGGGGACAGCAUACAGACCUCUCACAGGGAUGUUCUGUUGUGGGCAAGAGUACGUGAAUAAGUCAGAUACCAUAUGCUGCUCAGGUUCCAGUGGUGAGUCCCUAGCACAUGUUAGAAAGAAUGACCAAGUGCCAGUAAAAUGCUGUGAGACUGAACUUAUUCCAAAGAGCGAAGAAUGCUGUAAUGGAGUUGGAUAUAAUCCUUUGAAAUAUGUUUGCUCUGACAAGAUUUCAGCUGGAAUGAUGAUGAAGGUAAAAGAAGAAUGCAGGGCUAAUGUCCUUUGCCCUUUAUCCAAGGAGGAAACAGCCCAUUGUGGAAAGUGUGACUUUGAUCCUCAGGAGAAUAUCUGUGCGUGGAUAAAAGGUUCACAGGGUACUACAGAAACAGAGGUAGAAGCAGGUGCAGGUGUGUGUCCAGCAGAAGAGGAGACUGUCUACACAGGAGGUCCAACACAGUAUUCCUUUACAGAUGUGAACCUUAAACCUUUUGUCACGUAUGAGUACAGGGUGGCUGCUUGGAAUAGCUAUGGAAGAGGUUUCAGUGAAAUUAGCAGAGCUGUCACUAAGCAAGAUGUGCCACAGGGUGUAAGUCCACCAAAAUGGGCCAAAGUAGAUAAUCGUGAAGACAUGAUACUUCUCAACUGGGAGGAGCCACUGCAACCAAAUGGUGUUAUUAUCCACUACAUCAUCCUCCGAAACGGCAUUGAGCAUUUCAGAGGAAGGGAAAUGAGCUUCACAGACACCAGUGGGGUCCAGCCAUACCAAGAGUAUUCCUACCAGCUGCGAGCCUGCACUGUUGCUGGUUGCACGGACAGCAGCAAGGUAGUUGCAGUCACUGUCCAAGGAGUCCCCGAGAGUGUUCAGCCGCCAGAAGUCAGUGCUCUGAACUCCACAGCAUUGCAUCUGAGCUGGGCUGCACCCAAGAAACCCAACGGGAUCAUCAGAGAGUACCACAUCAGCCAGCUGGGGAGAGGACUUAUCUACAUUGAUGCUGCAGGCAGAAUGCAGCACACAGUGUCGGGUCUGCAGCCAUACACUAAUUACAGCUUUGUGCUUAUUGCAUGCACAUCUGCUGGGUGUGCUUCCAGCCAACCACACUCAGGUCAAACUUUACAAGCUGCUCCUCAUGGGGUAUGGCCAAAACCUCAUCAUAUCAUAGUCAGCUCAACAGAAGUGGAAAUGUACUGGAGUGAACCAAAGGAACCCAAUGGACUCAUUACUCAUUAUCGAUUAUUCCGUGAUGGAGAGCAGAUUUUCCUGGGUGGCAGUGCAGACCUGAAUUUCACAGAUGUUAACCUGCAGCCUAACAGUAGAUAUGUUUACCAGCUGGAAGCCAGCACUUGGGGUGGCAGCAACACCAGUGAUAAAUAUGUUAUACAAACACCAGUAGGAACACCAGAGAAAAUUCAUGUCCCAUAUAAUGUCACAGUAAUUGAUGCAUAUUCUAUAUUUCUAGCUUGGAACGUGCCAGGGAUAUUCAUUGUCAAUGUGCCUUUGGAAUACAACAUCCUACUAAAUGCAAGCAGCCCCACUCUGCUGGUGAAGCCGGUAGGACGUGCACAUUUUGCCUUUGUUGAUGGCCUGGAUCCCUACACCCUGUAUGAGAUAAGAAUACAAGCAUGCCAGAGUGGUGGGUGUGGAGUGGGUGGUCAGACAUACUCAAGAACUGCUGAAGCACCUCCCAGAGAACUGAGCCCACCUGUUGUAAAAGCAAUUGGACCUUCACUCAUAGAAGUGAAAUGGGCACCACCCAGGAAACCAAAUGGCAUUAUUACUAACUACUUUAUCUACAGACGUCCCGUGGGCAGUCAAGAAGAGCUGCUUUUGUUCAUCUGGACUGAGGGACCUUUGGAAUUCAUUGAUGCAUCCGAUGCUCUCCAGCCUUUCACUCUCUACGAGUAUCGUGCCAGAUCUCAGAAUUCCGUGGGGUCUGUGGACAGCCUGUGGGCUUCAGCCCAGACUCUGGAGGCUUCCCCGUGGGGCAUGGGAGCCCCGUGGGCACAAGCCACGGGCGCGUACUCGGUGCAGUUGAACUGGACGCAGCCGGUGUCCCCCAACGGUGUCAUAUCUCUGUACCGAGUGGUCUACCAAGAAAAACACAGCGACCCCACGUUCAGCACCCCAGCGGUCACAGCACUCACCGUAAUGGGAACAAAGCAUCAGGCUCAUUUAUUUGGAUUGAAACCUUUCACAACAUAUCAUAUUCAUGUCGUAGCUGUAAACAACGCCGGGCAGGUUUCAAGCCCCUGGACAUCUGUGCGCACUUUGGAAGCUUCACCCAGUGGCCUGAGCAACUUCACUGUGGAAAAGAAAGAAAAUGGCAGGGCUCUGCUGCUAAAAUGGUCAGAGCCCUCCCAACCCAAUGGCGUGAUUAAGACCUACAAUGUUUUCAGCGAUGACCACCUGGAGUACAGCGGUUUGUCUCGCCAGUUCCUCUUCCGGCGCCUCGAGCCGUACACGCUGUACACGCUCGUGCUGGAGGCGUGCAACGCAGCAGGCUGCACUCGCUCUCCACCACAGCCAGUGUGGACAGAUGAAGCUCCCCCAGCGUCCCAGAUGGCACCUGUAAUCCAGGCAGUGAACGCCACCAACGUUGAGCUGAGCUGGUUGCAGCCAAUUAACCCGAAUGGAAAAAUAAUUCGCUAUGAAGUUAUUCACAGACACACAGAAGAGACCGUUGCAGGGCACAGAGCAACAACAGAAGAUGAGAAAAUUGUCUUCACAGAAUAUAACACUGAAAGCAAUACAUUCACCUAUAAUGAUAAAAAUUUACAGCCGUGGACAAGGUAUGAAUAUAAAAUACGCACCUGGAAUGCAGCAGGCUAUGUUGACAGCUCCUGGACAGUGGCAAAGACAAGUCAAACUUCCCCAAAAAGCCUUGCUGCCCCCAGUUUAUCCGUGGUGUCAGCCAACCCCCAUAAGGUGCUCAUAUCCUGGACACCCCCAGCACAGCCCAAUGGCAUCCUCCAGUCGUACAGGCUGCUGAAGAAUGACGUUCUCUACCCUUUCAGCUUUGAUGCUGCUACUCUCAGCUACGUGGACGAGGACUUGCUGCCCUACACGGUGUACAUCUAUGCAGUGGUUGCCUGUACCAUGGGGGGCUGCUCUACCAGUGAGCCGGCUGCAAUACGGACCCUGGAAGCUGCUCCUGCUCGGGUGGACCCCCCAUCCCUGCGGGCUGUCAGUGCCACUCAAAUCAGUGCAUCCUGGGCACCUCCCCAGAUACAAAAUGGGGAUAUCACCAAGUACAUAUUGAAAUUAGGCAACGAAGAGUAUUAUCCUGGCAACCAUUUGCAAAUGCUGGUCUCUAACCUGCAGCCUUACACGCAGUACGAUUUUGCACUGGUCGCCUGUACGGCUGGGGGCUGCACCUCUAGCACAUCCCAGUCUGUGAUGACCAUGGAGGCUCCACCAUUAAACAUGGAAGCUCCCAGGCUGCUGGUCAUGGGCUCGGAGUCAAUUGAAAUCACAUGGAAACUCCCAGAUAAGCCAAAUGGCAAAAUCACGAGCUACGACCUAAGGAGGGAUGGUGUACUUGUUUACUCCGGUCUGGAAACUCGGUAUCUUGAUUUCACCCUAAUGCCAGGCAUGGAGUACAGCUACACUGUCACAGCAAACAACAGCCAGGGCAGUGUCACCAGCCCCUCAGCUCAGAUAAAAACCAACCCCUCUGCUCCAUCUGGGAUGCUGCCUCCUAGGCUGCAGGCGUGGUCUUCCAGUGAGAUUUUGGUGGCCUGGGAUCCUCCUAUCAAAGUAAAUGGUGACAUUAGAAACUACACAGUCUCAAUCCACAAGCCUGGUGAAACAGAAAAGAAGACUUUUGACUUUGAUGAAUCUCAUGUUUCCUUUCUGAGACGGUCAUACAUAGUGGCACAGCUACAGCCCUACAGCAGGUACGAGGUCCAGCUGCGGGCCUGCACGGAGCUGGGCUGUGCCUCCAGCGAGUGGGCCUGGGCGCGGACCCUGGAGGCGCCGCCGGCAGCGCAGCCGGCCCCGCUCAUCGAGGUACAAACAGCCGGCGGCUUCCAGUCCACCGCCUCCGUCCUGUGGGCCGGCCCCAAGCAGCCCAACGGGAGGAUCCUGUACUACGAGCUUUACAGGAGGCGAACAACCCAAGCCCACAUAAAUCUGGACCUCUCACUCGUUUACAAUGGUUCUUCCACCUCCUUCAAAGAUGACAAGUUGCUGCCUUACACUGAGUACGAGUAUCAGGUGUGGUCGGUAAACUCCGUGGGCCGGACGCCAAGCAGCUGGUCCCGCUGCCGGACAGGCCCUGCCCCUCCCGAGGGCCUGGGAGCUCCCCUCUUCAACACUGUGGCGUCCACUGUGGCUGUGGUGAGCAUCAGCCCCCCUCUUAAGCCUAACGGGGUGGUCAGUAUCUACAGGCUGUUUUCUAAUGAUACCAGAGGGACUGAUGUGGUGCUGUCAGAAGGGACUGCCACCCAGCAGACAAUACAUGGGCUAAAACCCUUCACCACGUACUCCAUUGGUGUGGAGGCCUGCACCUGUUUCAACUGCUGCAGCAAAGGGCCCAUGGCUGAGUUCACCACGCAGCCGGCCCCGCCCUCAGAGCAGCCUCCGCCGCAGAUCCGCACCGUCACCUCCAGGAACGCCUCCUUCCAGUGGAGUGCCCCCCAGUCACCCAACGGCAUUGUCACCAGCUACGAGCUCCACGUGUACGUGGCUUGUCCUCCAAACCUGCAGCCAGCGGCGAAGGCUUGCAGUCCUGGCCCAACUGAGGUGAAGUACACAGGGAAAGGGCAGAGUGCCAACGUGUCCAACCUGGAGCCUUACACGACGUACAACCUGCGAGUUGUGUCCUACAACUCUGUUGGCAGUAGCGCCUCCGAAUGGAUCGGAUUCACUACGGAAAAGGAGCCACCCCGGUACAUGGCUCCGUUCUCCGUGGUCAGCAACCUGUCCACCAUCCACAUCGACUGGAGCCGCACCUUCGUGCUGAACGGGCGCCUCAAGGAGUACGCGCUGACGGAGAGCGGGCGGCGCAUCUACAGCGGCUUCGACACCGAGCUCUACUUGCCAAGGACGUCCGACAAAACCUUUUUGUUUCAAGUGACCUGUGUCACCGAUGAAGGGAGUGCUACUACACCAGUCAUCAAGUACAAUGCUGGAGAGGGAGUAGGUCUGAUCUUGACAACACCUGGAGAGAAGGACAAAGCGGAGUCCAAACGUGCAAAAUUCUACAACGAGUUGUGGUUUGCAGUGCUGAUGGUAGUUCUGGGUUUGAUCCUCUUGGCCAUUCUUCUCUCCUUAAUUCUUCAGAGGAAGGUCCACAAGCAACCCUAUGCACGAGACAGGCCUCCUUUAGUUCCACUCCAGAAAAGAACAUCACCAAUGAGUGUGUAUUCAUCAGGGGAAACCCAUCCGUUUGAAACUAUUGCUGACACAUCCGAUUCAUCAAGCAGCGUCACUCUCAAAAGAUACACAACGCACUUUGAGGGACUAGCAGAUACGAAAAUCCCAGGGUCUGGUUCUCCCACGAGCAACCGCAGCUUCCGCGGGGGGAGGAGGCCGAGCCAGGGCCAGCUGAGCCGCACGUAUUCCCCCGCCUCUCUGCAUCGCAGUGUCAGCCAGCUGCUCAACCUCUACGACAAGAAGACUUUCGACGAGUCACCUUGGGAUGCCAUCAUUCACAACCACCGCUCUGCUGGCCGUGGCUUGUAUGUAGAUGAAGAAGAUCUUGUUAAUGUCAUCAAAGGCUUCAGCACUGUCACCAAAGAGCACACCACAUUCACUGACACCCACCUCUGAAGAACAAAAUCAGCUUGUCUAGAAAAUGGAAGUGGGUUACUUGCCAAAAGCAGCCUGCACGGCCUUUGCAGGCAGGGAUAGGGCUGCUGUUUCCCCACCCCAUGCCCUGGAGUUAAUAGAUAAAGCUGGUUUUUGGGAGAGGAUGUGGUGUAGGCGGGGUAAGUUGGCCUUUUUUUCAACAUCCCUUUCACUGUACAGUAAAAACUGUGUGCUAGCACUGACACCUCAGAAAGGUAAGAGAAUAGUUUGAAAAUCUCUCAGUCAUACAGUAGUAAAAGACUGUGAAGGUAGAGGCUCUCAUCUUUGUCUCUCAUCCAGCUUUCCCAGCUGAGGAGGGUUGUAGGGGUGAGGGAGGGAGGGGGGCAACAUGUUUGGUAAGGAAAAGUCUUUUACAUGUCCAAAAAAACCAGCAUGUGGCUAAAAGGGGCCUGCAUGGCAGGGUGUUUUCUCCUGGCCUGACAAAGCUCCACCACAAAAUUGUGUUCAUGCAUAGGUGAAUAAACAGCACUGAAGGAAUUCUUACAAAGUUGUUGUAGCCUUUGUGUUCUCUCCCUCUUCCCCACCCUCUUGGUUCAAGUUAAAAAACCCAACCAAACAGGUCAUAAUUAAAUGCUGAACUCCACGCAUACUUUUUCACUUGCUGUCACAUCCUUCCUUUCUGCUUAUGUAUUACUAAUCCACAGGCAAUAAAAUUUGUUCACCAUCCACAGUAAACUAGGUGCAAACAGCAAGCAGCCAGUGUGACACAGGUAUGAAAUACCAUGUCAAGGCACUUGUAAUUGAGAAUUAUUACACCAUGACAGUAAACCUAUUCCCAUAUUCAUCUCUGUCCUUUUUCCAGAGAAAGUGACAAGGAAGCCCUCAAGAGACUGCCAGUUCUGUGUAUUCUGCCAAGCAUAUUUUUAUGCGUUCUCUCAGUCACAAUCAGCAAAAUCCAUCAUCUGAUACUACACAUUUUCAGAAAGUACAAGCAACACUCCUCUGGCAAUUUAUUUGGACUAAGAGGCAAAAAUCAUGUGCUAUUUUGGAUAGCUUCCUCCUUAACCUGCACAAAACAUUUCGGAUAUCAGACAGCAGAGCAAGGAUCCCAUUCACAAAACAAGACUACAGAGGCAGCUCUGUAAAUUAGCCAAAAUCCACCCCAGACAGCAGCGCUGUAGAGCAAUGUGCGGCUGCAUCUAAAGGGCAUCCUCUGCUCAGCAACCAAGUUUUCCUUUAGCACCGUCCCUUUCCCCAAAACAAAAAUAAUCACAACAUAUCACAUGCCUGACCACAUUUACGCAAGAAUGCACAACAAUAUUUUGCACCAAGUACCGUACUACAUUUUGGAGCAUUACAUAAAGCCACACAUUGAUGUGGACAACCCUUCAAAGCUUUGGCAGCAGCUAGGUACUUUCUCAUAACCUUACAAGUUUUAUUCUGGUCUCAGAACAAAAUCCCACUCAAGAAACAAC